CCAUCCCUAGCCUGCAAAACAUAAACAUAAAAAAUAAAAGCUCUCUGUUGUGACAGGAGAUGCUGGCAGGGGCAUUUAGAUUCAGGUGAUAUGAUUUCAUGAGAAAGGAUGGAGGGGCUGCAGAACCCGCAUUGAUUAAAGGUCUCAUGGGUUCCAAAAUCAAACAGCCACCCGGGGAGUUAUUAUACCCAUUUGCAGAAGGAGGACUUGAGGUUCCCAAGAAGAACUUGCUCUAACCAGAAUUUCAGACACUUCGUUCUUGGUCCAAAAUCUCAGUGUCUUCCACUGAGCUGCACUGGGGGCACCUGUGCCAGACCCUGGCCCGUGGCAGGUCAAGCCACUCCCUGGAGUGGCCUAUCUGUUGCUGCCUGUGUGGGGCGGUGACAGCAGGAGGGGGCCAUCUGAGCUAAGCUCUGGGCAUCUCUGUGACGGUGGGAGCUCCCCCUUUCUGCCCACUCCCUGUGCUUCAUUCCUCAGGCAAAAAGGUUGCUCAAGGAGAUUCCGGGACUAGGGUCUGCCUUGUCACUGUCACCAGGAGCCUUUUUUUUUUUUUUUUUUUCCUUCCUGACUUGCCAGAGCUCCCUGUCAGCCCUCGCAGUGCCUCUGGAAGCCAAAAGAAGGAAGCUGUGGGAUCCUGGCUGAGCAGAGUCCAGCAUCCUGCUUCUGGCUCCUGCACCAUGAAAAUCCUGUUCUGUGACCUCCUGCUGCUCAGCCUCUUCUCCAGCAGCGUGUCCAGCAGCUGUCAGAAGGACUGUCUGGCCUGCAGAGAGAAGCUCCGCCCAGUUCUUGACAGCUUCAACCUUGAGGUGUGCAUCCUCGAGUGUGAAGGGAAGGUCUUCACCAGUCCCCUCUGGACUCCAUGCACCAAGGUCAUGGCCAAAGGCUCCUCCUGGCAGCUCAGCCCUGCCGACCCAGACCACGUGGCGGCCACUCUUUACCAGCCAAGAGCCUCUGAGAUGCAGCAUCUGAAGCGGAUGCCCCGUGUCCGGAGCCUCUUCCAAGCCCAGGAAGGGACCAAGCCCGGCAUGGAUGAGGCUGGAGGGACGGAGCAGAAGCAGCUGCAGAAGAGGUUCGGGGGCUUCACGGGGGCCCGGAAGUCGGCCCGGAAGUUGGCCAACCAAAAGCGGUUCAGUGAGUUUAUGAGGCAGUACCUGGUCCUGAGCCUGCAGUCCAGCCAGCGCCGGCGCACCCUGCACCAGAAUGGUAAUGCGUAGCCGGAAGGGGAGCCCCUCCCAGCUGCACCGUCCACUUCAACCCCAUGAGUGUCCGGGCAAUCCCCAAAUCAGCAUGUCUCCAGCCCCAGACCUGCCGGCUGGGAAUCGGGAUUCCUUCUUCCCCGAGGCACUGAAACUAGCCUUGCCUCCAGGCCUCCACCCCUAGGGCCCAGCCCCUGUCUGGUUAUCUCCCCCACUUCCUCCACCCACCCCAUGGCAUGUUUCAUGAUAAUCCUGUUGCUACACCAGAGUGUAUUUUUGUAAUUCCUCCAGCUACCAUUCAAAUGGCCCCAUCUUUCCUUCUCACCCGCCUCUUCGCUCUUCUCAGGGUGGGUUAAAGGAACAAAUCAAGCCGGGGGUUUUGACUUGUCACUGCCAUAACUUGUUUGUAAAAGAGCUGUUCUUUUUGAAUGAUUGUUUUCAACAGAUAUUUCUCCAUUAAACUUCUACUGAGCAAAUGGUUAAUACAUUGGUUGGUUGUUUUUAAGUGGAGGAACUGAGCAGCACAGACCUCAGACACACCACCAGAGCCGCCUCUCUUGGGAGGCAGAGGAAAAAGCGGGUGGCUCUGCUUUAUGUAAAGUGUGACGGGUGAGAUACGGGAACAGAAACACCCCAGAUCCAAGCCCACAGCUCUGUGAAGAGCCCGGCGGGAUGGAGGGGGCCAGGCUGCUGCGCCUCCACCUCCAGUUUCUGACUCACUAGAAAUGUGCAUUGUUAACAAGAGCCAGGUGAUGUACAGCCUGCUGGCUUGCGACCUUCGCAUUGGGCCCCAAUUAACAGGAAACAUGUUAAGAGGGUAAUGAUCAGUUCAGCCAAGAAACUGCUGCUCUACCCAAACGGAGUCACUGAGGAGG